AUGCAACGCAUCAACUCCCAUGGCGAAUAUCAAAAUGCAGUAUCAGGUCUAGAUCCAGCAAUUAAAGCAGAAGUACGAUUUGCAUCACAAAAACUGUUUGAGAAUCUUCAACGAAAAAAACAAAAGCAAAAACUCCCUUAUGCUAAGUGGAAACAGGACUUAAUCCACAAAUAUUUUUUUUCUCCUCAAUGUAUCACUAAUACCAUUUAUACAACACCGUCAUCACAAUAUUGGAAUAAAGAACAAGGCUUCAUCUAUAAUGUGUGUGUACUUUAUCUGCAACUAGUAACCUACACAGUACCCUUUUAUGCGACCAGAAAUGAUAAAACACCACAUCGAGUAAGAGAUGAGACACGCAAGUACAUAGAAUGGAAUUUGAGAUUGUAUAAAGCAAAGCAGGAUACAGCAAGAUGGUGUAGUGAACCAAAGAAUAUUUAUGCGAAAAAUUUGGAACAAUUUGAGCAAAUAAUUAGAUCGCAUGGUCACGCGAUAAACGCUAACUAA